AUGCAUGUAGUGCAGGUUCUCGAGAUUGAAAACAACCCUCUAGACAGGCCAGGCACUGCGGCCCUGCCCGCACUGACAGGCGCCUGGGUGAUCCUAGAAUAUUUAGCGAACGGAAGUAUUGACAAGUUUAUUGAAAACGCAUAUUCACAAGGAAGAAGGAAGUUGCCGAAUCGUUUACUUUGGAGAUUUUGUUUAUGCAUGAUAAAAGCCUGUAUAGCUAUCACUUAUCCCAGGAACAUCAAUACGAACACAUUGGUCAGCGAGACGGUACCAGCAGGCGGCCGGGCGGAGGAUGAAGGGAUGACGCACAACGACAUACACGUCGCAAAUGUCAUGCUUGCGGAUGUCCUGGAGGAUAUCGAGCAUACGAUCACACCUCGACUGAAAUUGAUUGAUUUCGGUAGGGCAGCCGACUUCUCCCAAGCGAGACGUAUCCCCUCUCCUAGCGACAUAUCAUCCAUAGGGGAGAUAAUUUUGUCGUUAAUUCUACUCAACCCAUUCCCUUUCGGCAUGCACGCUUCGCCUUACAGUUUUCAGGCGGACGAAGGCAGCCCUGAAAUAUAUACCCAUGCCAGAGAGCUUACUGAGGGAUGGGUUGAAGAGGGUCACGAGGACGUGCCGUGGCUCGACCCUGAUUUAAGGGCGCUUGUCUGCAAUUUAAUGCGAGAAGAUAGGGACAACAUCCCGAGUUUGGCAGACCUAGACCGUAUAGCAACAGCUGCGGUACGCGACAGGGACGCAGCAUGGUAUAAUAAUGAAGAAUUUGAGCAAGAUGAUACAAUUAAGAAGCUUUGGCAUGAUAUCGUUCACUGGGAUGGUGGUGACGAUGGAGGCGGUGGGGAUGAUGGUGAUCUGGAGGACUUGGACGACGAAGAUGACGACGAAGAUGACUAUGAAGAUGACUAUGAAGAUAGGUACCUUGAUGAUUUUUUGGGGGGCUUGCCUUAAGACCGUUGGAACUCAUGUAUUCCGAAUGGAUUAGACACAUGCAUCAAUCUGGCUUUCGGUAGAUAUGUAGGUAAGCGAAUAGCAUCUGGUAUGUAAUUAUCGCAAACCUUGUCGGC